UGAUUGGCCGAGCCGAAGAGAAGGCUGUUGUCUCAUUGGAUACAUCUGUAGCGGUGUUGAUCCAAUAGGAAGGCACGGCACGGUGUUUGCGGAUAUGCUACGCGGAAAUGUCCACUGUCAAGGAACAGAAACACACAACCACUUAGUUGUGUUAUUGAUUACGACUGAGCUACAAAGACGACAUGAGUAGUCCACCGUGGCCCACAGGGAAGAAACUGGUGCAUUUGGAUUUAAAAGGUGCCCCUCCGAAACUCGAAUACUUACACCAGUUGAUAGAGUGCUUCUCUCAACUGGGUGCGGAUGGCCUCCUUGUGGAGUAUGAGGACAUGUUUCCUUAUGAGGGAGAGUUGAAGGUGCUGCAGGCCUCUGCACAACCUGUGUACAGCCGAGAUGACAUAUUCUCCCUGCAGAAAGUAGCAACAUCUAAAGGCAUGGAGAUUGUACCACUUGUGCAGACUUUCGGCCAUAUGGAGUUUGUGCUCAAACAUCAAGCCAUGCAGAGCUUGAGAGAAGUGUCAAACUGUGUGGGCACACUGAAUCCUCACAAAGAAGAUGGACGCCAACUUGUGACAGAUAUGCUGAGGCAGGUGGUCGAGCUCCAUCCAGGCGUAAAGACACUGCACAUAGGUGCAGAUGAGGUGUACAUGUUGGGUGAAGGUGAUAUGUCAAAGUUAUGGUUGGCUUCUCCUGGACGCACAGUGGAGCAGCUUUUCUUGACUCAUGUUGUAUCAGUGGCAAAGUACAUCAAGGAGACUUGGCCUCACAUAACCAUCAUCAUGUGGGAUGAUAUGAUGAGGGGGAUGACCCAGGACACACUGAAAGCAAGUGGUAUCGUAGGACAAGUCCAGCCAAUGCUGUGGGAUUACACACCUAAUCUGGAUGUAAACAAAACAGUGUCGUUGCUAGAGAAGUACUUCAGUGCUGGUAUGCAAGAUGUCUGGGCAGCCAGCUCCUUUAAAGGCUCCACCUGUGUCUACACCAAUGUACCGAGCACACAGAGACAUGUAGAGAACCACCUGCAAUGGUUGAAGGUAGCGGCAUCUGUCCCCUCUGGCCUAAACCUUAUGGGCAUUGCCAUUACAGGCUGGCAAAGGUAUGACCACAUGUCUGUGCUGUGCGAGCUCCUGCCUGUCGCUCUACCAUCACUGGCCGCUUGUCUCCAAACACUUUUCCAUGGCCAGUUAAGUACUGAGGCUCAAAACAAAGUGAGGAAAAUGUUGGGUGUGUCUUCUGUGGAGGCAGAGUCUAUGGAAAGCACAUCUGGUGAUUCUACCCUCUUCCCGGGAAGAAGAUUAGCUGAGUCAAUUGUAGAACUGGAUUCACUGCUUAGCUCGGAUGACAUCGUGUAUUUUGAAAAGAAUAUGUAUGUACGCGGAUGGUUGAGUCCCUACCAUAGAGCAAGGAGAAUGGUAAAUCCUCUUAUUGCUAUGCAGAUUCACAGUCAAGCAUCAAGGUAUUUGGCUCUGCUGCAACAGAAGGUGGAUAUAGUAAGAGAGCGGAUGAGUCAUCUUUACCCAGAUUCAACAGCACAAGAGUGGCUAGAGGAGCAUGUUGGCCCGGUAAUGGUACCACUGCAGAGGAUUGUUGAUGAAAUCACAGCAUUCACACCGGAGACAGGCCCAUAGAAUCAUCACUGCUGAAGGGUACACGGGGGUGUACUGGACUGCGCCAUUUGCAUUUUAAAUGUUAAGGCAAAAGAAAACCAUGUUUAGAUUGUGGAGUACAUAACAUGUAUAUGGUUCCUAAAAAAUAAAUGAAAAUGAUUUUUAAUUGGCAA